AAUGUAAAAAACGCCUUUAAAUGCCUACAAACAAAACUCUGCAAAUCUGUCUAAAAUAACUUCACACAAAAAAAAAGACAAUUCUUCCAGCUCGUGCUUAGAUUUAGGAAGUGCUAUUUUAGCGGGAUAAAACUUACGAACAAUUUUCAACAAUAGCUUUAACCUUAUUUGUAUUAUAACAUCUAUCAGGAGUUGUCCAACCUAAUUUCCAAAUUAUUUUUUCUAACAUUGCAUUCGAAGAAAAUGAACAAGGAGGGAUAAGAUGGGGUUUACAAAGAUUCCUUAUGUACGUGUUGUUAUCUUUCUAAUCCUUUUCCACACCAUCCAUGAAAAAAACACAAUUAUAAAACCAUGAAGGAAAUCAGUCCUUCUGUAUAAAAUAAAAAUCAGCACUCAUUUUUAACAAAAAAAAAACACUUUUCCUUCAACAACACUUCGAAUACCUCUGGCAUCAUUUUAAAAAAUAAAGAUGAACAACUCUAUCAUCUACAAUCGCCACUUUCCUUCCUGGGACGCAGCCCCGUUUGUGACGUCACACAACCGCUGCCGAACUUCACCGGGAUUCCCUGCGCGGCGCCUGGGGCUUCUGGCUGUCGAGGGCUUCCCCUGCACCCUGCGAACCGACUCCGGCCUGAAACUCCGUCAUCACCGGCCUGCAGCGGUUGCCUCACCGGUUUCACUCAUUGCCGCCGGCUAGGCAGGAGCUAGGAAAGCGAAACAGCGCGGCGGGUGAGGAAAUAAAUCCUCCCCCUCCCAGCUCGUGGGCAUCCCUAGAAAACUAGGAACAGGAAGCAGGUCGGAGAGCCGUAGUUCUGCAGCUCGAGCUGGGAAUGCGACUUGCGCAGGGGUUGUUUUUGUGUUUUGUUUUUUUUCUGCGGUGGCGACCGUGUUGUUGUUGCACCGACGGUGACAGGUUUGUGAAUGUGCUGGCGCUGGCGUCGUCUUGGCGACCCCGCAGCCCGCCGUUCGCGCCAGCACAGCGUUUAGAAGUUUGAACGUGACCCCCCGACAUCGCUGAUCUGGAGCCAGACGACAAGCGCGUCGCUGCGCUUGGCGGACAUGACAGCGAUGUGCGCUCGCUUUGCUCUCGCGCCCUCGCCACAGUACAACCGCGUUUCGAGUUCCGUGUUCGUCGUCCUGACGUCACAGCGCCUGCUCUGCACUUAGCUGCAGGUUUGGCUGUGAGUUUGUAUCCAGUAACUAUAUGUCCAGCAGCCUGCAACAGUACGGAAGCCUCUUAGCCCCUCGUGUUUGAACGCGAUCGUGCGCAGACUAAGUAACCCAUCACCUAGUAACUCCCAAACGGGCUAGGUGCUGUCCUAGGGGCAGGUGAUGGCUGACCCCACACCAGCGGGGGGCCGGCUCCGGCUCCGGCGAUGGAAGCCGAGACUAAUCGAGGUGCUGAGCUCAGACCCUGACUUCGUCCUGCAGCACGCCCAAGCCCUGUCCCUGCUGUCCGACCAGGAAUACCGGCGGAUCAAAGCCCUCGGCGACCCCUCGGAGAAGGUCAGGGACCUGCUGGACUGCGUGCUCGAUAAAGGCCAGGCCCCCUGCUCGCGCCUCGUGGAGCUGCUGCAGGACCGGAGCGUGCAGGACACGUAUCCCAGACUGUCCUUCCUCACUGAGGAGCCGGAGGAGGAGCAGCUGGGGGCAGUGCAGACAAAAGCCCAGCUGAAAAGGAAAAUUGAAGAGGUGACUUCCGGCGCGGAGGAGAAGCCAGGGGAUGGCGUGGCGCUGGUGUCGGAGCGGCAGCUGAUGCAGCUGGCCUCCCAGGUGGGCCACGAGUGGAAGCAGGUGGGGCGGCUGCUGCUGGGGCUGCCCAGCGCGCGGCUGGAGCACUGCGCGGAGGAGAACCCGCACGCCCACUGCGAGCGCGUCUUCGCCAUGCUGCGCGCCUGGAGGACGCGGGAGAAGCGGGGCGCCACCGCGGCGCGCCUGCACGCCCUGCUGUCCCAGGACUGCUCGCCCCUGCACCCCGAGGCCUUCGACUUCCUCCUGGAGCCCUCCUGACACAGGGGAGGAGGCCCCGACAUCACCAGCUUAUCGUUCCGAGGAUCUGAUCCGGCUGUUUCUGGAAAGAAACCGGGGAAUCGGCUUCAGCCACAUGGAUGGGCGGCUUGUUCCCUGCUCCUGCCACCCUUUGUAUAAAGAAGCAACUUCUGUUCUCCGUUUUAAGUGCACUUCCACGUCGUUGGCACUGGUCCUCUGGUUUGUGAUUCAGUGUUGACACUGAACCCCUGACCCCUCUUCGUUGACUUUGAAUACUUGUACAAAGUCUGCUUGUAGUCUUUUUUUUGUCCAAGAUCAAAAAGGUUCAGUCCCUUCAGCCACAGAAUACAUCUGGUUACUGUUCUCUGGACAGACACCAGUGCAGCAAUCUUUUCCAUACUGUAAUGACCAUAAGUCUACAAUAUUCUACCUGAGGCUUUAUUACUGCAAAAGCCAUUUUCUGGACUUUUUUUAUAUAUAUAUACACACACACUAACAUUUUGUUGCCUUUUUCAUAGCUUUCCCUUAAAUCUAGAAGAUGUAAUCAAUGUGUCAAUAAAAACACCUGAGUCUUUUUCCAUAAGUAGCCUUCUCUAGCUCAGUUAUUCCCCACUUUGUUUUGUUCAUGGUUUUGCUGCCUGUGUGCAACACCCUGCCCUUGUCUAGAUUAAACUUGUCAGUUUCCUGGCGUUCCCCAGUCAC